GAAGACUGGCGGGGAUAUUCGACCCUUCCAAAUGACGACGGAGAUAGCAACGAAACUAGGAACGGAUUAUUAUUACAUCAAAUGUCAUGCUUUAAGAGUAAUGUAGUUUAACAAUUUAGCUUGUCGCGUUAACUCACGAAGUUUGACACUGUCAAGGAUUGUUUUGGUAAAACGCGAAUUUAAGUGCUUUUCAAAUGGAGGCGAUGGAGGUGGACUUGCUGCUGGGGGUCCCCAGGAGGGAACCAGAACCAGAUGGUAUGGCAAGCCAUGUAGGGUUCCCUAUCAUCAUCCCUGACUCUGGCAGCGAAACUGAGGUAGAGGACGAGGCAGACGCGGCUCCCCUAGACCCACCACGGCUCCCGACCACAUGGGCGUUCAGUCAGAACCGAAUCAGAGUGGAGGGUCAAGUUGGGCCCAGGAUCAGAACGGAGGGUCAUAUUGGGCCCACGGUCACUAGAGCAGCAGCCCUGAGGCAGCGGAGAGCCAGGCCAGGCGUCAGGGCGCUCUACCCCACCCAGACCUCUGCCUCUGCUCGCCGCUUCCUAGAUUUCCUGCUGCGAGUCCCUGCAGCCAACCCUAACUCUGGCAAUACCACAGAGUCAAGCGAGUCAGAGGAUGAGGCAGACCCCGCAGGGCCAGUAAACCCUCACGACCCUGACGAACCUGCUGUUCCCUCUAGCCCUCGAAUGAACCCUCCCGUGGCAGCCACGCCACUGCAAGGCCUAAAUCCUUCAGAUUCUAAUGCAACCACAGAGGCUGCGAGGACAGAGACUGGAAAUCAAGUGAAUCCUGAGAGUGUAACAGCCCCAGUGGCCACCAGUGGUGCGGCUCUUCGGUCGUCCCAAGGGGAUGAGGGGGAUGGGGAGACCUGCUCUAUCUGCUUUGAGCCCUGGACCACGUCAGGGGAGCACCGCCUGGCCACCCUGCGCUGCGGACAUCUCUUCGGCUACACCUGCAUCGACCGCUGGGUGAAGGGCCAGGGCCAGGGAGCCAAGUGUCCCCAGUGCAACAAGAAGGCCAAGCGCUCUGAUAUCGUCCUCCUGUACGCACGCAAGCUGAGGGCUUUGGACAACACAGAGCAGGAGGAUAUGAAGAGGUCAUUGGAGCAGGAGCAGUCAAUGCGUAGGAAUGCUGAACUAGAGUCAGCCCAGUGCCGGCUACAACUGCAGGUGAUGACAGACGAAUGUGGGAAACUACGCAAGCAGAUACAGGAGUUGAAGACGCUGAUGGUCCAGCCUGGCUGUAGGCCCUCUAAGAACUCAGGGGCCUCUCUCUCCGGGCUCUCACAGAGACAGGACAGCACCCAGGGGGGCCACUACGUCUUCUCCAAGGCUGUGCUAGUGUCCCAGGCGGGGGGCUGCAGGGUGCUGUCGUACUGUGAGCCCCUCAGCUGCCUGCUGGCCUCCCAACCCUCCCCACACACCACCCUGGUGCCCGGCUACGGCGUGAAGAAGGUGAGUACGGUGAAUUUGAAGGCAUGCCAGUACGUUCCCAUCCAUGUCAAACAGAUCAGAGGCCUGGCAUUCAACAGACAAGCUGACAGCCUCCUGCUCUCUGCUGCCCUGGACAACACCAUCAAACUCACCAGUCUAAUGACCAACACGGUGGUGCAGACGUACAACACGGGUAAGCCAGUGUGGAGCUGUUGCUGGUGCCUGGACAACAACAACUACGUGUACGCUGGUCUCAGUAACGGCUCUGUACUGGUGUAUGACACCAGAGACACCAGCACACACGUCCAGGAGCUUCAGCCACUACGCUCUAGGUGUCCCGUGGCCUCCCUGUCCUACGUGCCUCGUGCCUCCUCCAGCUCGUUCCCGUGCGGCGGCCUCAUCGCAGGUUCUUUGGAAGGGGGCUGCUUCUGGGAGCAGCUGGACGGCACCACUUACAGACCCCACAUUUUGCCCCUGGAGACAGGAGGCUGCACAGACAUCCAGGUGGAGCCAGAGAGCAGACACUGUCUGGUCACCUACAGACCAGGGCGCUCCAACCCGUCUCUGCGUUGUGUUCUGAUGGAGCUGAACAGGACUUUACAGCAGGAUGCGGCCCAGGAGCCCUCGUGUUCCUGCUACCCUGUCCAGACCUUCAGCGCCGGCUCCUCUUGCAAAGUGCUCACCAAGAACGCUGUGUUCAGAAGCCCGGCCGGGGAGGGCUCCACUUUGGUCUGUGCCGGGGACGAGUCCACUAACUCCACCAUGGUGUGGGAUGCAGGGAGUGGAUCCUUGAUUCAGAAGUUGCCUGCUGACCUCCCAGUGUUGGACAUCUGCCCGUUUGAGGUGAAUCAGGGCAGUUACCUGGCAUCGCUCACUGAGAAGAUGCUCAAAAUCUACAAGUGGGAAUAAGGAGAGAUUAUGGAAAACACACACCACCAGCAUAGAGCAUGUAUGAGUAGCGUAGCUGCUGCACUGUAUAAAUGGCAUCCAUUUAAAAUAGCCUUUAAUUAGACUACAGAGGAGCCUUUGUUGGGUUUGCUUUGCAGUGGAGGGACUGGAGAGAUAUCACACUGCUGCACUGUUAUCAACAAACUGAUAGCUGGAGUGCCAGUACAGCUACACCACUGUCCUAAAUGUUUACAUUUGAGGAUAACUGAAAACAUCCCAUCAAAAUGAACAAAAAUGACACAACAGAUAUAGUACAGGAAGACAAGGGUUUCCUACCCACUCACCACUUCCCAGCAUUUUGCUCUGUAGCUUUUCCUCUGGAUGUGAAGAUGAAUCUGUUUUUGUCAGCCAUGCUGCUGAUGUUUGUUUUAAUUUUGCAAUGUUGUGUUUCUUCACUGGGCCAUGUUCAGUAGCCAAAUGUUCUUGAACGUUGCAGAUAGAAAUACCAUGAAUAGAGCCGAUGUGAGUCCUUACUGUAAAUAUCAGAGGCAUGUUUGAGCUACAUUGCCUAUUUCUAUCUGAAUGUUCCAAAAUGUUAAAUCCUGCUGAAUGUGCUCCUGGUCUUAGGCUGCGUUCACACAGGCAGCCCAAUCGUGGGGCGCGUUCAGCAGGAUUGAACGUUUUGUAGAAUAAGGAAUGCCAUCGGCUCUUCAUUACAUUUUCUAUCUGCAACGUUCGAGAACGUUUGGCAACUGAACAUGGCCCUAAUCUUUGUUCUACUAAUUGGUCAAAAGUCCAAUCACAUCAGAUCUUUUCAUAUAUCUUUUGAGCUGAUCUGGUUGGUCAAAAGACACAUUUAGUGAAGAAAAUAUCAGAAAUGGGCUGCCUGUCUAAAUGCCACCUUUUGAGAUGGAUGAAAAUCAGGACAUCUAUAGCUAACAAGUUAUAUUUCCUGUAUUCUGAUUAGAGCCUGAUCAGCAGGCUUUUUCAAAAAUCUUUUAAAAAUAUACUAAAAAUGAUUUGCUUAUUUUAGAUCCAGAGGAUAUAUAUACAUGUAUAUUUUAUACCAAAUGUUUAUACAAUUUCAAAUGUAAUAAAAUAUAAAUAAUUGA